AUGUUCCACUUAUCCACACCGCUCUCUCUCCCCAUCAGUUUGCCUCCCCCCCGCCUCUCCCCCGCCUCCCUUCCGCCUCCCUUCCGCCUCCCCCCCGCCUCCCUUCCGGCUCCCCCCCUUUCCUUCCGCCCCCCUCCCCCCACAGAACUGCGCCUGCAGCUACUCGUGCUCCAGCAGCCUUGCCUGGUGGUCCUGGCUGCUCGUUGCUGCACCGCACGUCACUCAUACUUCCCAUCGACUCCUCUGUCUCUCCACUUCACCCAUUCCGCUUCCCCCUUGCCCCCUCUCAGCCUAUGCCUACGUCUCUGCAAGCUGCAGCUACUCGUGCUCCAGCGGGCUCGCCUGGUGGUCCCACCUUCUCAUUCCCACCGCACAGCACUCGUCACAUUUCCCCAUCAACUCCUCCCUCUAUCUCUACCCCUCCCUCCACCCCUCUCAGCCUACGUCUCUGCAAGCUGCAGCUACUCGUGCUCCAGCGGGCUCGCCUGGUGGUCCCACCUUCUCAUUCCCACCGCACAGCACUCCUCACAUUUCCCCAUCAACUCCUCCCUCUAUCUCUACCCCUCCCUCCACCCCUCUCAGCCUACGUCUCUGCAAGCUGCAGCUACUCGUGCUCCAGCGGGCUCGCCUGGUGGUCCCACCUUCUCAUUCCCACCGCACAGCACUCGUCACAUUUCCCCAUCAACUCCUCCCUCUAUCUCUACCCCUCCCUCCACCCCUCUCAGCCUACGUCUCUGCAAGCUGCAGCUACUCGUGCUCCAGCGGGCUCGCCUGGUGGUCGUGGCUGCUCAUCAGUUUCGCGAUUCUCUUUGUCUCUGUAGGGGUGGGCUUCGGGGUCUAUGUGUGCCUGCGCUCUGCCCGCAGCUGAUUCCAAGAGCACUGCUGAACGUGCGUGCUGCAGGCUUGCCUGGUGGUCCUGGCUGCUCAUCGCUCUCGCCAUUCCCUUAG